AUGGCUUCAGAUUCGAAACUCCUCGCAUUGGAAGAGGUCAAUAAGCACAACAAAACCAAAGAUUGCUGGCUAAUUAUAUCUGGAAAGUGGGAAAUCCUACUACUGGGGAUGUUAAUUUCUCGUAGUACUGUAUAUUGCUACCAUUCACAGCCUGGUGGCGAUGUAGUUUUGCUAUCUGCAACUGGGAAAGAUGCAACAAAUGACUUCGAAGAUGUAGGCCACAGCGAUUCUGCUAGAGAGAUGAUAGAAAAGUAUUACAUUGGUGAAGUUGACCAUCUGCAGCCUGUGGAUCUUCUCUUUAUGGUUCGGUUUCAUGGUUUUUAUCUUUUCCAGUCUCUGGUCUCUGGAUGGGGUUUAUCUUCAUGUUUUGGGCCUUUAGGCUCAUCUAUUUAG